AGCUUCGACGCCUUUCAACGGCGCCUCGUAACUUCAUCUUUAGACUGUCUUCAUCUCCCCUCCCCACGCCCCUCAUUUCUCGCGAUCUCUUCCGCACCAGUGCGACCUCCUCUUCACCCAGGACCCUUCCGCCAAUCUCCUCCAGAAUAUUCCCACGAAUAGGCUACAUAAGGACUUCUUGCCACUGUCCAUCCUUACUAUUACUCUCUUCAUCCUAUUCACUGCCGCUGCGAUCCUCUCCAUGAACGUGCAAUAACAUCAGAUUUCACGGCAGCUCACUGCCACCUGAGCAAGCACUGCUCACUCGAUCAUUGGCCUCCGCCACCACUCACUCCCACCCGCCGCAUCUUAACGAUUCGUCCCGAACAGCUCGUGCUACCUCUUAUGACUCGAGGUCGUAAGCCCAAUCUCUCCUUGGAGCCUAGUCGUCAGCUUCAGACACAGAGAGCCUUCAGAGAACGCAAGGCUGCUCACCUCGUCGAGCUUGAGGCGACGGUGAAGCGACAAGCUGCAGAACUCAUCGACCUCAAACGCAAGGUUCGGGGUCCUCAGAAUGACCUAGGCACCAUCAAUUCGUCGACCUCUGACACCGCCACUGGCGAGACUCAUUGUGACAGUUGCUUGCAUACGACGCAGCGCAACGCAGAGCUUCAGCAGACUGUGGCUUCACUCGAGCAACAGGUCCUCAACCUGCAGUCUUCCUAUGGCCUGGUCGUAGGUCCGCCACCAGGCGUGGAUGGCAACUCCUCCUUGUCCACCUCUUCUUCUGCUGCAUACUAUCCAUCCAGCUACAAUGACUUAACAAGAAUGGGCCCACCAUCUACGCAAGCAGGCUCGACGCCCUAUCAAUCUCAGAGGAGCUAUUCCUACACGCCCACCUCGGCUACCUCUGCUACCUCGCCUAGGUACAGUCCGUACGCCAUGGCGAACGUCGCCCCGUCGCUUGGAAGCAGUGGACAGCAGCUGUAUCCUUCGAGACCCUCUUAUCAGCACGAGCUGACGAGGGCAUCGUCGCACGGGGGUGAGUGGGCCGUCACCCAAUGGUCGACGUAUCAGUAUCCCAGCCAGAUGGGGGUACAGGAGGAAGCUCGAACAGGCCAUAGCACCGAUCAGCUGGGCCCUGCAUCGCAGCAUACUCAUCCUCGACAGCCUUAUCACUACCAGCAGCCACAGUUGCAGCAACAGCAACAGCAUCCCAUCCUUGGUUCCGCCAACAGACGCAAUGAUGCUGGCUCCUCGGACAAGCAGAACGGCAGGACAAUGGGAUCCUGUGCUGGACGGGGUGCUACGCGCGAACUGACAUCGGCGACGACGAGCGCGGGCGGUGGAUCCAUGCCGAUCCAAGGAAGAUCAGCAAUCAAGCCGCAGGACGAGGAAAACUGCUGCAUGGGUCUCUUCGAGUGCGACUCUACGGGAAGCCUCAUAGUGAACUGACAGUGGAAGCUACACUGCCUCUACACGCACACAAUCACC